AUUUGGCGACACUCCUCGGGGCUGCCUGGGGUGUCGCGUGGGUGAUUGCUUCAGGCUUUUUCGGGCGAGGUCCACUGAUCAGCAGGAGAAGCAGAACACGCCUCAGCAGCUCGGUUCAGCGGGGUAGGCACUGGCAUCCCGCUGCUUGCAAUCAUGGCAGGCGACGUCAAUCUGUCGCGGCCAAUCAGUUCGCGCAACUAGUGAUGGGCCCGCUGCCACCACGGAGUUCGCGGCCGCUGGCUGGACUCUCGUUGUGGGCUCUCUUCGUGUUCUCAUCAGGGUCGGCAAACUACUGGCGGCUCACGCGUGCGCACCGUCGUGCGCCACCAUCCAUGAAUAUGCUUUCUCUCACGCGGCCUGCGGGUCGUCUCCUCCCUCGUCGGCCGGUGUUUUUUCGUCUUUGCUCCCUCAUGGCAGGAGCUGUCGUUCUUGGUUUUUGUUUCUGAGACAGAAAAGAGGGCGAUGGAUUCGAGUCGAGACACAAGAGAAGAGGCGAACGACUGCCCGC